GGUUUUCUAGUGCGGAAGUGAUUAAUCCGCCAUCGGAUCUUGAAUCGUCCGUGUUUCUCGAGCUGAUUUGUGUGAUCCGUUGCGUUGAUUAUAAGCUCUGAGCUUUAAAAUUUUCUGGGUUUCUGCGGAUACUGAGAAAUUUGAAAAUCUUCAGAUGGGAGAAGGAGACGAAUUCCCGCCUAAAACGGAAGAGUUUGAUGCCCCGACGAAGAAGACGGCGAGGCAACUCGACUUCGCUGGUGGGCAUUCACAGGCUAAUCAAGCUCCUGCCACGGUGGCGGUUCCGAUUCCACCUUUACAAUCUCAACUCCCAAUUAGGCUUCCGAAGCCAGAAUCUCCGAAGCCUAAGCCAAGGCCUGUUGUCGAAGCUGGAGAUGGAACCACCCCUCUGAAGAAAAAACACUGUAACUGUAAACACUCUCGCUGCUUGAAGCUGUACUGUGAAUGCUUUGCAUCCGGCACUUACUGUGAUGGUUGCAACUGUUUAAACUGUUUCAACAACGUUGACAAUGAACCCGCCAGACGAGAAGCCAUUGAAUCAACUCUCGAACGCAAUCCUAAUGCCUUCAGGCCUAAAAUCGCUAGCAGUCCACACGACCCACGAGAUAACAGGGAGGUGGUUGGUGGAGUUGUGAUGUUAGGGAAGCACCACAAAGGCUGUCACUGCAAGAAAUCUGGAUGUCUCAAGAAGUACUGUGAGUGCUUUCAGGCAAACAUCCUUUGUUCUGACAACUGCAGAUGCUUGGGCUGCAAAAACUUCGAAGGGAGUGAAGACAGGCUAGCUCUCUUUCACGGUGAGCAUUCACAUGGUGCGGCUUAUCUCCAACACGCAAAUGCUGCCAUAACUGGAGCUGUAGGUUCCUCGGGGUUUGCAUCUUCUCCUGCUCCUAAGAGAAGGAAAGCUCAAGACAUUUUCUUCAACCAAGCAGCCAAAGAUCCAUCUAUUAAUAGGCUUGGCCAGGUAAGUAGCGGGAAAACGACAUCUUCAAAACCUGUUUCUCGUCAUGGAGGCCCAUCCAAAGUUGUAUAUAGGUCUCUCUUGGCAGAUAUAAUUCAACCACAGGAUGUGAAAGCACUUUGUUCUGUUCUGGUAGCUGUAUCUGAGGAAGCAGCCAAGACAUCAACAGAGAAACGGUUGGAAAAUCAGACGGAAACUUCAUUAGCUUCUUCUGCGCAAGACAAUAACAAUGGUACCGAGGUUGAGAAGGCUGUGAGUGGAAAUGAAGCUGGUGCAGAUGAGUCCAAUUCAGAUGGCUCUAAAGGAAAGUCACUGUCUCCCGAAACCUUGGCUUUGAUGUGUGAUGAACAGGACACUAUGUUAAUGGUUGCAGCUUCGUCUAAUUGUUCGGUGGAGCCACCAAACGGGCAAGACCAAGGUUAUGCAGAGCAGGAGAAAAUAGUAUUAACCAAGUUCCGUGACUGCCUUAACCGAAUCAUCUCAUACGCUGAACUAAAAGAAUCAAAGUGUUCUUUGUCAAGGAUGGAUACAGAGUCACCUGUACACGCGGCUGUGAAAGUAGAGCAGGUGGUUCAACAAGGAGCAGUCACAAACGGAGUUCCACAAACCACAAUACAAGAACCUUCCCAGCUAACUUCUUCAUACACACAAACUCAACAGCCUCAAGCUCCAUCUGAGAAGAAAGAUCUAUGAAUCAAGACAUUUUACUCUUAACAUUACUUUACAGAGAGCAACAAUGGCAGCUGAAUCCGAUUUUCCAUGCUUAAUUUAUGAGGUAACAGCCACCAAUAAUGGCAGAUGAUUACAAUAAAUGUUCACGAAGGUUGUGUUAUUAGACUUUUUUUUCUUAGUUCUUCCAUUAAAAUUCUUGGUUUUGAUUUAUAAAUGUUUCUUUGCGACUUGUUGACAUUAUCUGUGUACAUUGCUGUUACUUAGUCCACUCGAUUAUUUUACAU